AUGUCAUCUGCCGCGUCUAAGCCACAGGCCAAGCAGCCGUGGGCUGCCGCGAUUGCACCGAAGCCUUCGCAGAAGCCUGCCAAGCAGCCGCCAAAGAGCCAGUCUGGGUCGUAUGUCCCGGUGAACAAUUUUAACGGGUCGCAAGUGCAAGCAGCCCUGGCGGCCAAGUUCAAGCAGAUUAAGGCGCAGUUGGGGCCGGGAGCGGUCUAUCACGGAGGUGAUUCCUGGGCCAUGAAGCAGAAGAAACGCAAGGAGCUGGACGUGCUUGCAGAGCUCUCGAAAACGGCAGAAUAG